AUGAGUUACAUAGCAAAUGCACCAGAGAAGGGAAGCGGUUAUCUGGCUGUUUUUCAUGUGGCUAACAGAGAACAACCCCUCAAAGAUUCUACUGGAGUUUUCACCAUAUCUGAGGAUGGCAACCUUAUGGUGUUGAACUCACAAAAGCACACACUUUGGUCUUCUAAUAUGUCAAAUAUUAUUCAUCCCAAUUCAUCAAUUGCUCAACUCCUAGACUGUGGGGUCCUUGUUCUCAAAGAUAACACUACUGGAGAUACACUAUGGGAGAGCUUUCAGAAUCCUUCUGAUACAUUUCUGCCAAAGAUGAAACUUCAAACAAACCCAGAAACAGGUGAAAGAGUAAAGCUUACUUCAUGGAAAUCUCCUUCUGAUCCUACCAUUGGAAGCUUCUCUGUAAAUAUUGAACGCCCGGAUGUUCCUGAAGCUAUGGUCUUUAACGGCUCUAAGCCAUAUUGGAGAUCUGGCCCAUGGAACGGUAGGGUAUUUCUGGGAAUAUAUCAGAUGAAUACUCGGUAUCUCACAGGAUUCUAUCUAGGAAAAGAAGAUGAUGGUACUAGUUAUAUAACUUAUGAUAAAGGAGACCAAUCGUACUUUGGUCUCCUGAAGCUGAAUUCAGAUGGAAAAUUGAAAAUAGUUGGGUGGGUUAACAAGGCAGAAUAUGGGCCAUGGAUAUUUCAAGACUCUAAAUGUGAUGUCUAUGGUUAUUGUAUGAACUUUGGAAUCUGUAAUCGUCAGAAUUCAACCAAAUUAGCUGUUUGA